AUGGAAUCUCAAUCACGAAUUCGGAACAGACAUUCAUUAGCAUUCAUUUCAGCGAGUGGCGACAACCACAAGAUUCGAUUCCAUCGGCACCUUGUCACCUUGUCAAGCAUCCCAUCGAGCAACCCACCAUGUCGUUUGCGGCGGGUAAUGCCGCUCGUUCGGCUACAGUCAGCCUACCCAUGGGCCAAAUAGCCAUGGUGGGGCUCGGAUUUUUCUGUAUAACGAAUCCAGAGAAGUUCUUUUUGACACUAUCGAAAGGCGCCCAGUUCUUUCAGGCCUUCUCGGCACAACCGAAUGGGCAUGCGCUACAAAAUCAGGCGCCACAACAACCCAUCAUCAUCCAUCAAGCUGCUCCUGUGGUCAGUGGAUCUACGGGUAGCAGUAGCAUGGGUAGGUUAUUUAUGAAACUUCUCAUGGGUGCUGGGCUCUGUUGGGGUUCCUAUGCUGUGCUUGUCUCGGUACUUCCAGAUGUUGCCAAGAACUUGUUGCCGGUCAAUCAAAAGGUCUUCAACCGAGCCGUCACUUCCUUGGGCCGAGCUAUCAUUAAUCUUAAGGAUACCCUCAUGGCGCAGAUCAAUACUCUCAGUCGUAAACAAGAUGACCUGAGUGCCAAACAAGAUGAAACGCAUGACGAAGUUCUGCAAGUAAAAGACAAUGUUCUGGACGUUCGCAGUGAUCUAGCUCUUGUACAGGAAGCAUUAGACUUGUGCCAAGCAUCCUUGACCGAAUCAGAACGUCGCACCUCGUACAUUGCGCGGGGUGUCCAACUUCUGACCCGAGGUGUCAGUACCAUCUUGCCCGAGGAUGAGAACUUGUUGCACGAACUUGUGCAAUUCAACAUUGCUGGUGACGACUUCCAGCAACCGACGCCUCUGCAGCAACGACGAUUGCAACAGGCUAUACAGCACAUUCAACAACAACAGCAACCGCAGCAAGGAGAAAACCAAGUGGCAGAGGCCAGUGCUGUCCUCAUUGGUGUUCAACCAACUCCCAGCUCGGAUCCAGAAAACGAGGUCCCUGCGACACCCGCCGCUGUGGAAGCCAGCGUUGGUCCCGUACAUGACCUAUUGAGUUAUGUUAGUGGCACUUCUCUUGGAACGAAGAGAUUCUCAGUCCAAUAGCUCUUGUCUUGGGAGUGAGUAACCUUGUAACCUUCUAUUGAGUCAUCUUUGGUAGGUAGCCUGAGAGCAUUCUUAACGAUAGGGAAGCAUGAUGUUGUGACAAGUGUGAUUACAAAAAUGGAAGUUCCGUAUACUCGGAUGUAGUUAGUACCGAUACCGCCGUAGGCUUGGGCAAUACGGCAGUCCAUCCACUUAUGAGUGAAUGCCUUUGAAGACCGAAGUGAUUGCGAGCCCAGAUUGGAUGAGGAUCGGUUCGUGGUGCACCGAUGCGUACUGGCAUGCAGGCAAGAACGAGCUUCUGGCUAGCUAGGAGCGAGAGAGGAGAGUACUGGGCAGUAUGGCUUUGGGGAGGCUGUGAAGGCUUUUUCUAAAGACGACCUUGCAAGGUUGGACGGGUCGGUGGUCCUUCCCACACAAUGGGCCGUGCCAUGGAGUUAUGAUUCAUGCCAUGACCUACUACUCGUACCGGCACUUGUAGUACAGUGGCGGUAUGAGCUAUAUAAACAUGGAAUUGGUAAUCGUCCAAAAGCAAGCAUCUUCAGGGGGCAUUCUCGGUUAGCCAGGACGGACAUCUAAUAUUGUUAUUAAUGUUGCACUUGUCUGUUCACAU